CAAACACACUGUGACUUCCCCCCUGUGACCCCUCUCUCUCCUUCUGUCCCUGCAGCUCUGUUCUCAGAGAAGGUGAGGAACAUGUCACCUGACGAGAUCAGGACCCCCCCAGAGCCUCCAGGACGAUGCUCCAGCCAGCUGCAGGAGAAGAUCCACAAACUGUAUGAGAGGAAGCUCCAUGGAGACUUCGACACAAACAGCCACAUCCAGAAGAAGAAGGAGUUCAGAAACCCCAGUAUCUACGAGAAGCUGAUCCAGUUCUGUGCCAUCGACGAGCUGGGCAUGAACUACCCCAAAGAAAUGUUCGACCCCCACGGCUGGUCAGAGGACUCCUACUACGAAGCUCUGGCCAAAGCUCAGAAGGUGGAGAUGGACAAGCUGGAGAAAGCCAAGAAGGAGCGCACCAAGAUCGAGUUCGUCACCGGAACCAAGAAGGGGACCAACCCGUCCAGCACCGCCGCCUCCACCACCAGCAGCAGCAGCACCAGCACCGCCACAGACGCCCAGAAGAGGAAGAGCAAAUGGGACUCUGCCAUCCCCGUCACUCUGGCCCAGCCCGCCCUCAUCACCACCUCUGCCACCCUGCCCUCCGUGGUCUCCGUGACGACCACGGCCAGCGGCACCAAGACCACGGUCAUCUCUGCGGUGGGAACCAUCCUGAAGAAGGCCAAGCAGUGAUCAGCUUCCUCGAACCCUCGUUCACUAAAGACAGUCGGGUUCUCCUCCCGGUUCUGUGGACCGGUCCAGCUCCUGUUUUUAUCUUUGUACAUACGUGUUGGUGGGAAUAAACGGAUGAGAUGUUUCUUUUCA